GCGUGACAUAUGAGCGAGAGAGGGGGCCGCAAAAUAAAACUGACGAGUGCCAAGCAUUUCCUAACAAUUGUACAUUCGCCGUAGAGAUGAAACCAUUCGUGGCAUUCGUGGCAUUCGUGGCCGUGGUCCAUGGCAUGCCCAUGGUUAAGGAGGACAGUUUCAUGGACAAAUUCAUGGCCAACCUGAGGGAGUGCGUGGAAUCCGACACCGUGCUGUGCUUGAAGGAGAAGGCAUUGAAAUAUACAGAAAACUUGGCUGUCUCCAAGGAACUCAGCGUUGCUGAUGGCGUGAUGACCUUCUCAAGGACCGGCAGCCCCAGGUCUGCCCGAAGCUACGAGCCUCUACCCGAUGACUCCAAGGCCAGGGAGGCCGCGGUGGAAGACAGGAUCCUGGACAACGUUGUAGAUUUCUUGGACGGCCAUGUCCUGACGCUGAGGAUGCCCAAGUCCUUUACUGAAGACAACUCGGUUGAAGAGGAAGGCCGUGGCAAGAAGAAGAAGAAGCUGAAGAAACUCCUCCCCAUCCUGGCCCUGAUCAAGCUGAAGCUCGCCGCUCUCGUCCCCCUGUUCCUCGGCAUCAUCGCCUUCGCUGUCUUCAAGGCUUACCUCCUCGGCAAGAUCGCCUUCAUCGCCGCCGCCUUCGGUGCCCUCAAGAAACUCCUUGAAUCGAAGAAAUCCAGCGGCUGGGCUGAACCCGCUCAUGAGGAACAUGGUUGGGAGAACAGCGGCGGCGGCGGUGGUUGGGGCAGAUCCCAAGACGCACAAAACUUAGCCUACGGCGCUCACGCUAAACAGCUAUAGAUACUUUAUUAAAUUAUUUAUUUAACUUAUUGAGAGAUGAAUGAGCGAAUUUAUAUUAUCUUGUAUAUGUCUACCAUAUUAUUGAAUUAACCACCGUAAUACUUGUAUUCUAUUAUUUGAUGUGUGCUUGUGAUUUUCGUGAAAGUUACACAACAGUAUUUUAUAUGUUUAAUUUUUAUUGCACUAUAAGUGAUGACUGAUUUGUUUUAGUCUUUCCUUAUUUUUAUUUUUUAGUUUAAUUAUUAUAUUUACGUAUAUUUAUGGCCUUCUUUUAAAGGAGGAGAGUGACAUCUAGUAUAUUUCUUACCAAAUAUUUUAAGUUUUUAUUUCCAAAGAUAUUUAUAUUUGGUUAUUGUUUUUUAUUAUUUUAUUGUGUAAUUUUAGGCGUGAAUGAAAGCGGUGUAUUUAUUACCGAACGAGCUAUUUAUUCAACGUUAAUUUGUAAGCUUGUAUAUAAUGAUGUGUUGUCGAAUAAUCGAAUUUGAAAUGUAUUUACGAUGGAUCCACGUAAAACAAACAAUAAAUUA